CCAAAACCAAAGCCUCAAAAUUGAACGAUACCUCUCUUCCUCCUCUGCUUCGCUAUCUGCAACUUCCCACACUCUUCUUAUAUAAUUUCAAGCAUCCAAAUUUCAAACAGGUCAAUGUUGUGUGCAGUUUCGGCCCCAAACUCUUGCAUAUCUUAUCCAAGAAGCCCUAAUUGCCCACAUUUUCUUAGAAAGAAUUCGGUUCCAACAAGGCUUUGCAUACGUGCUUCAUUGCUGGAUAAUAACAAUGGUGCUAAAGUGGAGUAUACUCCUUGGUUGAUUGUUGGAUUGGGCAACCCUGGAAAUAAGUACCAUGGCACGAGGCACAAUGUUGGUUUUGAAAUGAUUGAUAGCAUUUCUCAAGCACAGGGCAUUUUAAUGAAUACAAUACAAUCAAAGGCCUUAAUUGGAAUAGGUUCCAUUGGAGAGGUACCAAUUUUAUUGGCAAAGCCUCAAUCAUACAUAAAUUACAGUGGGGAAGCGGUUGGACCACUUGCUGCACAUUAUCAAGUACCACUGCGUCAUAUUUUAUUGGUUUAUGAUGAAAUGAGCUUACCAAAUGGUGUUAUUAGGCUUCAGCCAAAAGGAGGACAUGGGCAUCACAAUGGAGUGAAGAGUGUAAUGGGCCAUUUGGAUGGCUGCCGUGAAUUUCCUCGGUUGUGUAUAGGCAUUGGAAAUCCCCCUGGUACCAUGGACAUGAAAGCUUUUCUUCUACAGAAGUUCAGUUCAGUAGAGCGAAAACAGAUUGAUGAAGCACUGGAACAAGGGGUUGAGGCUGUCAGGACCCUGGUCCUCCAAGGAUUUAACCACAAUAUCGAAAGAUUUAAUUUGGGGCAGAAGUACAAGUAUCAUAAAGUUUGAUAAAAGAUGAAGGGGAUUCACAAAAGAUACAAAGCAAUCAAUCAUAUUUUGUCAUGGUAUGCUUGUUCUGUUGGGUUCCUCCAUAUUUGAACCAGCAGAUGAAAUUGCUUGUAAUCUUCCUCACACUAACGACCAAAGAGAUGGUGAUAAUUUUUUACCAUUUUAUGGCACACCUCAAUUUUUAAACACCAACCCCCCCCCCCCCCCCCCCCCCCAACAACUAUAUUACCAGUUUUGUGUAAAUGUACUUGGUUAUAUAUUGGAUGGCUUCUUUCCAUGAUAAGAUUUAUUUUUGUUACUUGUAAUAUCA